AUGGGUGACGGCCUGCCACAGGAGAUGGCGAGCACUAGUUCCCUGCGGGGCAGUCAGCCGCCUGGGCCCGAGGCCAAGCAGAAAGGGGAUGCGGAGGGCAAGGGCGGGGCCGCCCAGAAUCUGCUCAUCGAGCAUUUCUUCUCCUGCAAAGAGUGUGGGGAUGCUUUCCGGCUCAAGGCUCUCCUGGUGCAGCACCAGCGCAUUCACAGUGAGCAGAAGGGCUGGAAGUGCCACGAUUGCGGCAAGAUCUUCCGCAAGGUGGGCGACUUCAACGAGCACCGCAAGAGCCACAUGCCCCCGCCGCCUCCACGGGCCCCACGCCCCGGCCCAAGCCAGGCUGCAGGCCCGGCCCCACGGCCCACCGCACCGCGCCCGGGCCCGCGGCCCGCAGCCCCGCGCCCAGCACCGCGCCCGGAGCCCCGCCCGGCCCCCCGCGCUGAGGCCCGCAAGCGUGAGCGCCCCGAGAGGGAGACCAAGGCCUUCAAGUGCGAGGAGUGCGGCAAACGGUUCAAGAAGAACGCAGGCCUGAGCCAGCACCUGCGCGUUCACAGCCGCGAGAAGCCGUGGGCCUGCGAGGAGUGCGGCCGCGCAUUCAAGGUGGGUAGCCAUCUCUUUCGUCACCAGAAGCAGCACGAGGCCGAGCGGCCCCUCGCCUGCAGCUCGUGUAGCCGCGGCUUCCUGGAGCCGCCCGAGCUGCUCAAGCACUCGCAUGUGCCCGGCGCCCACCCGCCCUUCGACUGCGACGACUGCGGCAAGUCGUUCCGUGCCGUGGGCGGCCUGGCCGAGCACCAGCGCAUCCACAGCGGCGCCAAGCCCUACGUGUGUGGCCACUGCGGCAAGCUUUUUCGCCGCAGCUCCGAGCUCACCAAACACCGGCGCAUCCACACCGGCGAGAGGCCCUACACGUGCACUCAGUGUGGCAAGGCCUUCCGCCAGAGCUCCAGCCUGCUGGAACACCAGCGCAUCCACACGGGCGAACGGCCCUACGCGUGCGGCGACUGCGGCAAGGCUUUCCGCGGGCCCUCCGACCUCAUCAAGCACCGGCGCAUCCACAGCGGCCUCAAGCCAUAUGAGUGUGGCCAGUGCGGCAAGGCCUUCUGCCGCAGCUCUGGCCUCAGCCGCCACCGCAGGACCCACAGUGGAGCCCGGCGCUGUGAGGGCAACCAGUGCAGCCGCGUCUCCAAGCGCCAGCCCAGCCACCAGGAGUAGGGGGGCAGCGGCCCCCCGGGCCGCUCCCCAGGCAGGGGGGUGGCAGAGUCAAGGGAGACGAACAGCGCAGUGAACGCUUCUGAGUUCACUGCAGAAAGGGUGGAACCAAUAUCUACUACUGCCACCAGCAAUUUCUAAAGUGUCCGUGUUGUGCCCCGGGAGAGUCGCCUCGCCAUUUCUGGAUGGGUCUGGCCUUGGGUUCACUGAGGAUGCAGGAGGGAGAAGCGGAUGGGGCCUCUCCACUCUCCAUCCCCCACCCUGGGAACCUGACCUCAGCUCAGUGUAAUGCGGUCCCGACUUUCCUGAAAAGAUCACCCCAAAGGUUUUUGGCCUACUUGAAUUUCUCAAUCAAUAGGGAUGUACAUAGAGUACACAGAUGUCUUAUAUUUAAUUUAUUGCUUUAGUUAUGCAGAGACACUGUAUAUCACAUAGAAUAAUAUAUUAACUUAGAAAGUGCCCCUCCCCCACUCCUUGCCCCAGAUCAGUUUGGUCUAACUCCUCAUGGUGUUUCUGACCCGUUGUCCUUACGUUCCCCAAGACCCUUUGGAGCCCUCACUUCCAAAGCACAUCUAGGGAUUUGCCUCCCUCUGAGCUCUGUGCCCUGUCGCGCUGACAAUCCCCGCAUAACACUAACUAGAAAUUGCCCCCCCCACCACUGUGGGGUCCCAGUAAUAUUUUCUUUUACUCGUCCUCUUAACUUGACAGCAUAGACACUUUGAAGGGUUUUUUGUGG